GUCACUGCGAGAUGUCAUGAACAAAACACUGCCAUUGGGUCGGAACAAGAGCCUGGGCAUUCCCAGGUCACCUUCAAAAGACGUCCAUUCGGUCGAAACAAGUGCCAUGGAUUCACUCGUGGCACUGGCUAGCCUAAGUGGCUGCCCUCCAGAAGUGGGAAGAGUUCUGGAGGGGCUCGGGUGGAACGUCCAGAGGUUGGGAACCUUAGAGGACGCCGAGCAGGAGCUCCUGGACACAGUAGCAAUGUCCAUGGAGGAAAAGACAAGGCAGCCAGUGGACAUGGCCGUGCUUAGCACGUUGAUCGAUGUGGCCGCCAGGGCUGCCAAGAUUUCCUGGAAUGCCGAGGGGCGAUCUGGGGAUGCAGAGCUUCUGGUGACCCAUCUGGUCAAGGAUAUGGAGGACAAGAUGAAUGCUCACAGAUUGGCAGCAGCUGAGAGGUUGCGCCAAAUGGUGCCUAGAAAGGGGAAGGCCAAAGUACAGAGAUGGCCAACGCGCUUGCACAGGAGACUCAAUGAGGCCGGGGACAAUCAGGCCUUGAGGGAAAGUGUAGAGCGCAAUGAAAGGAACCGCUGGAUAAAGGAACUCAAGAGUAUCCUGCGGGAGGCAAAGGCGCCAGUGAUGGCUAGAGAUGAAGUGUUCGAGGGAGUGGAUCUCACGAAGAGGUAUGGAAAGGGAAGGAGAGCCUCAACUCUCAGGAAACACGUAAAGACGUGGGAGAGGUUGAGAAAGUGGAUGAGGGUCACCUUCCACAAGGCGUGGCCGACUCAGCCAGAGGAGUUUGCCAUGUACCUGGAAGCCAGGGCAAACGAGCCGUGUGGGAGGUCCGUCCCUAGCAGUAUCUACAAGACGCUGCUAUUCAUGGAGGCGGCAGGUGAGUUCCCAGUUGAAGAGCAAUUGGGAAGGACCUCAACGGUCAAGAACGUCCUUGAGGAGAUCAAUAUGAGCCUGGCGGAGUUCGAGCCGCGCUUCGCCAAGAAGGCGUGGCAUUUGCCGGUCAGGAUUGUGGAGAUUCUGGAAGAGUUGGUGCUCGACUGCAGACUUGAGGCGUACCCCAGAGCGUAUGCCUGGUUCAGACUGAUAAAGCUGUGGACGGGCAUGCGCUUCUCCGAUACAGCAGGUUUGGACCAUUCCACAUUGGAAUGGGGUCCAUUCGGAAUCACUGCAGUGCUGAACAAGACCAAGACAAGCGGGCCUGGAAAGAAGGUGCCGCUGCUCCGCAUUUGGGUGAACAGUGAGUGCUACGUGAAGGAUCAGACAUGGAUUUCCACAGGUUUUGAGCUUUGGAUGAAGAUGUCGAUGGAAGCAGGUCUUUUAGAGAGGGACUUCAUGCUGCCAUGUCCCAACAAUAGCUUGAACGGGUUCAACAAGAAGGUGGCGAAGUACGCAGAUGCAUCAAGGUGCUCACAAGCCCUCUUCGGCGACAUGAGGACCGAGUAUGAGGGCGGGACGGUGCCGCUUCUCUCGGAAGGUGUUGGCACUGUGUGGAGUGAGCACAGUGAAAGGGUGACGCUCAGAACAUGGGCCGCUGCUGCCGGUAUCCCAGGGGAUAUCAUGAAGCAGUUAGGUCGCUGGUGUCCCACUACAGAUCAGGGAUACGAGCGUACAUUCCGCACAAACACCAUCAAGGCCCAGGCGAGGAUUGCGGAAUUUGUGAGGAGGUCGAUGGGUGGAAGACAAGGCCCAUUCGACGAAGCGCUGAUACUUGCAGCGGUCACAGAAAAGAUGGAAAGGCUUGACUACCCACAAGGUGCAAUCGACAUACAGCUCGAAAAGCUGACCUCCUUCGGAGCAGGCGCUGUCAAGAGAAGGAGGUGGGAAGAAGCAAGCGACGACGAGGAGAACGAGGAGUUCGACAGUGGCUGGUUGAAGGUGGGAAAUCCACCGAGGAUCGAGGUACUAGAGGGAGGUAUCUCGGUGGAUCCUGAAGAGGAGGAGGAUGUCGAUCAUGAUCGGGACAUGGUCGACGAGAAAGGAUCUGACGAAGGAGCGCUGAUCCUAAAGGGGACCUACGUUGUGAGCAUCGUGGGUCGCAGCGCCAUGAGGGGCAUGACAGGAGGGGAAGAGUCAGAAAGUGAAACUUCUGACGGUGAAGAGAACAGCCUAAUGGCGGUGCCCGACCUCGACACGCCCGAGGGGCUGGCGACAGCCAUCAAAGCUCUGGAUCCAGAUUUCCAGGGCUUGCUGGAAAGGAAAGACGUCCCAGCCAGACUGCAGGGGACGCUGAGCAACAAUGGAGUGAAGAGCAUCAGCAGGUUUGCAGUGUUGGGAGAGACGGCCGCAGAUAUGAGGCGGUUCGCCACAGACCACUGCGGGCUGGCUGCAGUCAGAGAUGUGGUGCAGAUAGCAGGUGUCAUAGACGCCUGGGAGGCGAGCCGCACCAGAAUGCAAGCCAGGCACAAGGCCGAGGCAGAAGCCUCAAUGGCUUCGUUGCCGGCGCCGGUGAACAAAACAGAAGCGCAAGACCUUAAAGUAAGGUUUGAACAAGCGCACUACAAACUAGAGGACAAGGUCUGGCCGGCAACCGGCACCCUGGAGCUCCUGUUCGAGCAAGUUGAAGCAGGGGAAUGGCGCCAUAUGUCGCUAGUCCAGUUCAUGUCGAAGGACGACCAGGACCAGGAACCGUUGGGUGCCACGAUAGACAAAUCGGGCACAGUGAAGAUCAAGAAAGGUUUUGGGGAGGCGCAACCUCCAAAGUCCCCGGAGGAUCUUAGACAGAAGAUCAAACUCCUUGGACAUUCGUACAUCUUCGUGCAACUCAAGUACCCUAAUCGAGCGGUUCUCAGAGAUGUCACACCGAACUUGUUUAUGAAACUUGCCGACUACCUCCUCGGCGAGCACAUCUUUGGCCUCAAGGCCAAGGAUUCACAAGGGGAAACGGUGUCAUCGCCAAGCUUUGACUUAGUGCUUAGCUAUGAGUACCAGCUGAGGAAGGCCAUGACAAAGGCAAUGAAUGAAGGAACACCGAUGGUAAGGGCAUUAGAAGAUGCCAUGAAGGAUACCACGGUGAAGGAGAGGUACUUCCUGACGCCUGCAGCGCUGGGAGCAGCAUCCAGUCAUGGCCAUCAGCCAGGCAUCAGGAUGAAGUCAAGGAGCAAGAAGGUAAGCCAGCAGGGAAGGACACCGCUGGCGAUGCUGCAGGAAAAGCAUGAAGGUUGGCAGACCCGGGGAGGGGAACGAAAGACCUCCGUGGUAGAACAGCUGCGGAAAAUUUUGCAGAAAAAGGGAUGGGAUCUGGAAGCAGUGGAAGUUGAUUUAAAGCGGGGAGACCAAUGGGAUCUCUCCGAUGAGUGUGCGAACCUUCGAGGCCCACCACCUCUUCGGACGAAGGAGCAUCCGUGGGGCUUCCCAUGGGUGGGUCGUAAGUGGGGAAAAGAGCUGCACCUAGGAAACAUUUUGGUGAAGUUCUCCAUUAGGGUCUGGUCCACGGUUUGUCGCUGCCCUGUUUCUUUUGAUGGUUAUGUUAUUUUCUUAUUUGGAGAACACCCGGAGGAUCUAGGUGCAGUAAUCAGAGAGGAGGAUCGUGUCAAGUUGGUGCCAGCUAGCAUUUGGCAGUUGUCAGAAAUCAUCAAUUUGGUCAACGACCCCAACAAUGACGUUCAAACCGUGGCCAUUAAUCAGUGCUGCUGGGGUACCCCUUGGCGCAAGCCUACACGGUUGGUGAGCAAUUCACUCGUAGUCCUGGCAUGGGGCUCAAACGAGUGGCCCACUUUUGACUCCGCGGGGUACUAUCAGGGCCCAUUGGAGAAGUCUUGCAGCUGCACCAUUCAGGUAUCCCUGGCCCGCCGAUCAGGCGACAGCAGCUUCAGGACAGCUGGAACCGAUGCUUACCCAGCAGCUUUGGACAUGGCCAUCGCAGAGGCCGCUGUCACCAUGAUAAGUGGUCAGGUCCCGCGUUUGUCGUCUCCUAAAGAGGGGUCAAGAGACAUCCAACGAGGGACGCUGGAGGAGGAGGUUCACAAAACGAUCCAGACAGCAAAGUCUGGGUCGGGCGCUAUGGCGUCAGAGGAAGCAGCACAGGUGUCGGCUCCUGUGCUGCAUAGGCAAGGGGUAGGCGCAUCAAUCAAAUGUGUCUACAAAGGAAGAAGGCGCACUAUCCACGAUGGUGGAGGUCUGUGUUCGCCCGGGCGAUGGCCGGUGGAGGCAAGGACACGAGUCUCCAAAGAGGAGGGUACGCAGGUGGUGGCAAUGUGCAAAACUCUCUUCCUCAAAUGGGUCUUGGAGCAAGGGAGAAAGGAGGGGGACGCAAUCAAGGAGGUGUUUUGGAGGUUGGCUGGGGGAAAGACCAAGGGGUCACCCUUUGUGGACUUCAUGGACAAGGCAAGACAGGAACUGGACACCAAGUUGGAAGCGCUGGGUUUCCAACCGAAGCGUCGAGAGAGGGAUAGGAUCUCCGAGGUGAACUUCAGGAGGCUCAAAGCGAUGCUGGAGGCAGUCGACGACGAGGAUAGCGACUGGAUUGAUGAAGUGGCAGGACGAGGGGUGAAGCUCGGUGUAGACAGGACUAUGCCGAGGGUGCCUCUGGUCUUCGAGGAGAAGGUCAAAUGGAACCUGGACUUUACAGAUGAGGAAAACUCUGUGGAUAUCAAGAGGCAAGUCAUGGAAGAAGUGGAAGCCGGGACCAUCAUAGAGAUGGGUGCAAAAGAGGCUGCAGGCAGGUAUCAGGGCAAGCUGGCGGUGGCGGCUUUGGGGGCAGUCCCCAAAGAAUUGGGAUCGUCAGUGGUGAGGAUCGUCCAUGAUGGCUCAUUUUCAGUAGAUGUAAAUCAUCGCAUCAAGGUCCUGGACAGGAUGAGGUUUCCAUCCAUCGACGAUGCAGCAGGGAUCCUGGCGCAUGUGGAGGACGAGAUCAGGUCAAAGGGGGGCGGGGCCAGGUGCUCGCUUCUCUACGACAUCUCGCGGGCCCACAAGCUCUUGCCCGUGGAUGAGGACGAUUGGGGAUACCAAGCCUUCAGGUUGCCAGGGGAGAACCAGGAGGACAAGGUGUACUUGCACACCCGAGGCACUUUCGGGAUAGCCUCGGCGGCGUACCAUUGGCAGAGAUUAGCGGCCAAUGUGGUCAGGCUUCUUCAUCGGCUGGGUACCGACGGUUUAGGAGUGCUCCACUUGCUGUUUGCAGAUGAUGGAUGGCUGACGGCAACGGGGGAGUACUUCUGGAGACGAUUGCUCUACUGGGUAUUUCUGUUGGACUUGCUGGAGAUUCCCCUGUCGUGGAAGAAGGUGAGAGGAGGACUCAAACUCCAGUGGAUCGGAUACCAGUUGGAUCUGGAUGCUUUCGAGAAAGGGAUCUCGGAAAGGAAGGUUCAGUGGGUGAUCGAUUGGAUCACCAAGCACAGGGCUUCAGGCAGGGUCACUGGUCGGGAGCUGAAAUCAGCUCUAGGCAGGUUCUGCUUCGUGGCCGGGGCUCUUCAUCAUGUGAGACCGUUCCUGGGCCCCCUCUUCGCCUGGUCGUCGGUCCUGGCAAUGGGUACCUUUGCGAGGUUCCCUGACGCGGUCUCGGUCCUGCUGGACUUUGUGGAAGAGGAGAUCAAGAAAGAGCCAAUGAGCAAGCCGAAAAGGCUGAGCGACGAGGUGGUGGAAGCCUUCAGAGUGGAUGCCAAAGCGGAAGGAGAAAAGAUAGUCAUUGGAGGAUGGGAGGUCAACGAAUCGGGUCUCACUUUGGAUGCCCGAUGGUUCUCGAUCACCUUGACAAGAAAGAGCGCACCAUGGGCGUAUCUGAAAGGUCAACCCUUCCGCAACAUAGCCAGUCUGGAAUUGACGGCCGUACUAACGGCAGUGAUGCUGUUCGGGGAAAGUAUGAAGGAGAAAGCAUCUAGGAGGAGGCUCACCCUGACAGCGGCCACGGACAAUCUGGGCAACACCUAUGUCCUCAACCACUUCAUGAGCUGUAAAUACCCGCUGUCUAUAGUGGUGAUGGAACUGUCAGUGCAGCUCAGGAAGUAUGACUUGGACCUGGACUUGGGUUGGGUCCCCAGGGCCCAGAACACAGAGGCAGAUGCGCUGACCAACGAGGAGUUCUCCGGGUUCGACCCGGGGAAAAGGAUAGAGGUAAAUUUUGAGGAACUCAAAUUUCUCAUCAUGGACAAGAUGAUGGGAAGAGCGGCUGAGUUGGACUCAGACAUCAGGCUGGCGAAGUCGUCCAAGGAAGCCAAAGGAGACAGUCCGAAGGGUCGUCUGUUUCCACCUACUUGGAUGAUCGUUGUCACUGCGGUGUCCCCUGCCACCUUGCGCCAGUCUUUGUCCCGGUGGGAGGCUUGGUCUGCUGGUGUGGGCUUGCUCGAGGGCGUUGCCAAAACUGUGGCCGUUGGGCGCAGGGCUGCCGAGCGUUCUUUGCUGCAGUCCGAGUUUGAGCCGUCGAUGGUCUCGUGCUGGAUCCGUGUCCUUGGUGCGUGUUCCUACUCGUCUCCCCGUGGUCUUACCCCGGUUGAAUCUGAGCGAGUCUCUGCGGCGUUGCAAUGUCUCUCUCUCCUGGGUGGCCUUGGGUUCAACCUUUCCCACUUCCUUACCAACUGUCGUUUGUUCGCCCUCUCCAAGGUUGGUUUCGGUUGUGUUGCGCGUGCCCCUCCCCUCUAUGCGUCUCAACGGUUGUUCACGGCUGUCUGGAAGAACUCUCGGCGUGUCCGUUUCUCCAAUCCCUGGCUUCGGGCCAUGCUGCUGGGGGGGAAUGUCCAUUUGGAUAUUACUUGGAUCAACCGGUUGGUUGGGAGUCUCAUCCGUGGCUCUGUUCGGUAUCGCCCCCGUUGGUCUUUGCGUCCGGGCACGGUGGCGUCCUGUCUUCAUGGCUGGCUUAUCGAUCGGGGGUGGCGUCUUGUUCGGGAGUGGGUCUGGGAAUACGACUUCGCAGGCAGGCACGAAAUGCAACAACUCGAAGAAGCUACCAGCGCUAUCUUUCGCAGCUUGAACUUCCAGGACAUUCGGGACUGGGCCUUGUCCAAUGGUACAGCUGCCACUAUUGCCUUGGGUGCGACUUGCUCACCGGCCAAUUUUCAGGUGCGAGAUCCUGCGAAAUCUAUUUGUCCUUGGCCUGAUUGUGACGAACUUGGGACUUGGAAUCACAUUUGCUGGACUUGCAGCAAAAGACCCUCGACUAUGACCCGUCCUCAUGACUGGUUAGCGAGGUUUGGAUGGUCGCUCUUUACUGACCAAACAGACACUGUGGCACAGGUUCGUGCGUGGUUGCACACCUGUCAAACUAAGCUCUUGCCACGGCUCUUUAGCCGAUUCGCCCUUCGGGGCCAUCUUUGUCGCGGCGCUGGUUUGGCG